UUCUUUUUUGAUAUGUGUUAACAAUUUGGAAAAUUUUUACAAAAAGAUUAAAUCAAGGUUUUCCUAGAAAAGCUUGAGUGAAAAUAUCAAACUUUGCAAAAAUUAUUUUCAAAAAUGGAUUUUAGAAGAAAAAUUUGUAACUUCGUCCGCAAAUUUAAAAUGCCGAGUAAUUCUCCAGGACCUCGUAAGAAUGAAGACGAGACAGUACAUGUUGGAAAUAAUUUGGUGGCGUUCAAUAUUCCGUCGUCGUCAUCGGAUAAAACUAAAGUUAAUCAGAAACAGCAACAACAACAGAAACAAAAACUAGAAAAGCCGCUACCGGAAAUCGCAAAUCUCGAGUGUCUGCUAGUAUCGGACACGACAAGUGAAUGUGCUCCGUUACAUUUGCAAUAUGUACUUAGUUCUAUCGAUUUCUAUCAAUCGUCGGGGGAACUUUUGUUCUUGCUCGUCUAUACGGUGGCCUUAGAAUCGGGUUACAUGUGCGAAGCUAAUUGCGAUUUUUCUAAAGCUUUUAUUUCGCCUUUGCCUUCAAUCUCCUCGUUUCAUUCGAAGAAUGUGUUACGCUUGAGUCGCUUGAAACCUAGUUUUACGACAUCGUCGGAUCGAACACGUUAUGUCAUGAAACUAUGUUUCAUCAGUGAUAGCCGGCAAGUAGUUGCUGAGCAAAUGUAUGCUUUAUUGACGGCCAUUGUUACCGGCGACCUAAUGAUUCUCGCCUUAUCACCAGCGAAUUGUAUGUAUGCCGACGGUUUUAGCAGCGUUCUCUCAAUACCUCGUUACGUGCUUAAUACGCAAAGCAAAGAAAGUCCACCAUUUCAACGUUUCCGUAGAAUGGCCGAAUUAACGAAUAUUCUGCGUGAUGAAUUAUUUGUACCGAUGCGUAAUAAGCAGCUAUAUUGGAUGCAGGUUCACGUCUAUCCUUCGCUUGAUGCCCUGCCCGCUGAAUUGUAUGAAUAUUUUUUGAAGCACUUGGACAAGAAUCAAAUGAAUAUUUUGGCGAACGUAAAUCGCAGCCUACACAAUAUCGUUAUACGAAAUAAGUAUUUCCAAAACUCAGACCGGCCGUGCCGGGAUCGCUUGAGCCGGAGUAAUAGCGUACUCUAUUAUCUGCAUUGAAUGUCCUCGGACGAGCGUACAGAGAUAACAGCAAAAUUUUGAAUAGUUUAU